AUGUCAAUUCGGCCAUCAUCGUCUCACGUUACUUCAGCGGAUGAUUCACCUUCGAUACGUUUGACUGAAGAAGAUGAUGAACUUCCCAAUACUCAGAUGUUGCAACGAUAUAUGGUUGAUAUUUAUGCAAUUACUGGUGCAAUUGAUGAUAUUGGCAUGGUAUAUCGGAAUCUAAGACCAAUAUGGGCAAAUAAUGCUGUUUCACAUUUGGUGGAUCCUUGCAUAAAAAUUUUAUCAAAAAUCCCGAGUUCCAGGCCUGCUGUUUUGAACUAUAUUGGCAUGCUGACACAUGAAGCAACACAUUUGUAUUUAUCGAAAAAAGAAAAUCCACAUAUUGCAGCCGAUACUGCUAACAUUGAGCGUGCCAUACGGAAGCUUACAAGUGAAUUUCGACGUCUACUAACUAGAACACAAUCGAAAGGCUUCGCAUUUGACGUACUUGUGUGGGCUUGCAAUCUGUUUGUUGAAAUAUGUAAAUAUAAUUACGAACGUCCAAUUGCAAAAAAUGCUGGCAUUACGCCACCUGCUUUGCUUGCAUUAUUUGAUUCAUGCCCAGCCGUUUCUAGUGUUAUCAAAUUAACCGAUAAGGCGAUCGCUUUGCUAUUAAAUACUACACCUGACGAAUGCCUCUCUAUACUGAUUGAUGCUUCCGCACAUGGUUUCUGCUUUGCUUGGAUAUGGUUACACAUUGCUUCUUCGUUUCCGGAUACCAUUGUUGCCCAUUUGUUAAAAAUUGGAAUACAAGAUUUCAAGCACUAUCUCAACACAGUACUGAUCAGUCAAGUACCUAUAGAAGUUCAUGAAAGUUAUAAGCAAAAAUUUCUGUCAGUAUGUGAUGUGUUCACUUUUCUUGCAACUCAAAACAACGCCGAAUUAAGGAAUGCAAUGCGAGAAAUGAUAUGCAAUGAUCGAGAUGUCUUGGAAAAUGCAACAGCUCUCCCAGAACAGCUGCAGAAUUUAUCAUUACCAUUUCUCAUAAAAAUGGUAGCAAAUUCUCCAGAUAUAUUGCGAUUUUUAGUGCAUAAUGUUUACGAUUUGGUUACAACUGGUUUUAUUAUCAGUGGUGCGAAAUAUGUGUCACAACUAAACAAGCAAUGCCUGCUACCAUUAUUGCCAAAUAUGGAAUAUACUUAUACUGCAUUUAUGCGUCAAAUAACAUUUUAUCUAAAUUCGGAUGCUUUGGCACAUAUCGUGGAACUAAUAUUACCAAUAGCUUUCGAUGAUAAUAUUUUCGAAAAAUUCGGUGAUUACGAUCAGGCUUUCCAGGCAUCGAUGAAAGAUAGUGCUUUGCAAAUCUUGACAGAGAUAAUUGGGAUGGUGGUAUCACUGGUUCAUAAUCAAGCAAUGUAUAAUGUCGGCGAAAGUGCUCUCUUGAGACGAUGUGCUAGUAGUUUUGAAGUUCUGGAGGAAACAAUACAAAAUUCAAUAGCUGGUGGGGAAAAAUCAAAGUUAUUUAUUCCAUAUGUUCAUGCAUUUUGCAUUGCUUCUGGUCCUGUGCGCACGGCGGAAGUUAUUGCAAGAUGCAUUAUUGAAGCAAAAGAUGAAAAACAACUUAUUUGCUUAAUUUCAUUGUUAACAUCGUUAAUUAUCUUCGCACCGAAUACCGCUGAAGAUGCGAUAACAAAUUUUUUCGCCAAUCGUACAACGUUAAUGAUUGAGAAGAAGCGUAAAUCUUCGAAGAAACUUAUUCGAAUUAAUAAUUCGUCCAAUACUGCAUCUUUCGACGAUGAUUUUUAUGAUGUUAAAUGGUUACAUAAUUUACGUACUUUGAAUGAAUGGGAGAAAAUGUCAGAUGAUGGACACAUUAUCAAAUAUAUAAGGUUCGAAAUGUCAAAGCAUUACGGAGAACUGGCAACUGAAGUUUUAAGGUGGACGCUAGAUGUUUUAUCUAGCUUAAAGCGGAAAGAAAAGACCGAUGAAUCGACAAAAACAAUGAGAGAUUCUAUAGCAGAAGCAGCUUUAUCACUGUGUUCGUCAAUAGGACCACCAUCAGUUCUCGAGCCAAAAUAUCCCUAUAAAUUAAGCUCCCAAUUUGCUUCAUUAAUACUUUUGUUGCUUGAUUAUGUUGGCCGAGAAGACGAUCCGACAGGAUUUCCUUUAUUUACAAAGGCAUGCACAUGUACUAACGAAUUUUUGGCUUCACAAGUGGGAUACGUUCGGGAGCAGUUCAUCGUUCAUUUGCUUGAUGAAGCUUUUGCUCAAGCAUCACAUUUAUUUGGUUGCUCGUCAUUGAAUGCAUGGGAAACGGAGUUACAAUUUUCGGGUGGUUUUCAGCGAACAAAUCAUUCAACCGAUAUGUUAGAUAACGAGGAAGACAAUGAAUUAGAGGAAUCACUGUUUGAUUUAGCUCGAAAAUUGCCAUUAUUUCAACAGAAAGCUGUACACUUGGCGCAUUCUGGAAUUAUUGGUCGAGGUGCGAAACGGCUGGAAGUUAAAACUGUUAAGGACGGAAGUACGAUGCGUCGUUUAGUUUUCUUUGAAUGCCUCCAACGAUUUUGCAGUACAAUAGGGGCAGACCGAAAUUUGGUGCCAUAUCAACAAGUUUACAAACAAUUGGCGAUACGGUUAACAGAUCGAGUUUGCAAAGACGGUCUUGCUGCUAGUUUCGUUUGGGAAGAAUGGGAACAAGCACGCGAGAUCAUCCCGAGGUAUAUCGCAGUUUCGAAAAGACUCACGGAAAUUCCAAUUAUUUGGGAUGUGAUGUUAGCAUUGGCCGAAAUGCACCCUUGUCUUUGGUAUUGUUGUCCACUCCUGAAAGCAUACCUUGCUGUUCUUAUGAUACAGUUUGAAAAUAGUUCGGAUCAAAAAUCCCUACCGCGUAAACAACUUACCAGUAUGCUUGACAAAUGGUUUUUAUUGGCUCGCAAGGGGCAGAUGUUACCGCAACAAAUGGUUUAUUGCUUUGAAUUAAUUACAAGAGUGAGUUAUCGCGAGGGAUUCGUCAUUUUACUUGAUAUCUGGCAAUAUUUCCAGAGUGUUUUGGAUGCAGAAAUAUCAGCAGUGAAUAUGAUCAAUGCUGCAUUUGAGCGAUCAUUGAAUUCAUCAAUCGAUCCUAUUCAAGGUGAUCCGACCAAAUUUCGAGAAUCAUGUCGUAUUGUCAUACAGCGCAAUAUUGCAAAGCUCGGUUUUAUUUUUCCAUUAAUAUUUGCGGACGAGUUAAAUUCAGGGUCUGUAGUUCCGGCCAGAUAA